AUGACCGUUUCAUUGAAUAAUCCUUCACGUACUGAGGUUUCUAUAAAUAUGUAUGUAACUUCAGUGGGUUCAUCCCGUAUACUAUUCAAUGUUCUUUUCGACGAUUCGCAAUUUUUACGAAAAUGGAUAAAUCUAAUUUUUGUCUUGGUUUACUUUAUUCAAUUUGAACCUUACAACAUUGUGCGAGAGUACAGGGACGUAGCCAGCUCUUUUUUUUAGUGGGGAAAGGGUGGGUCACCCUCAAAGCGCCUCGAGUUCCGUGCACGAAACGUAAGUAAUUUAGGAAUCAUAUUCUGGAUAAUGUAAUAGAUAUAUAUUUCUUCAUCAUUCGAUAAAAAUAAAUCAAUAAUUUUGCAUCAGGAAAAAUAUUUCAGGUUACGUCAAGUUAAAUAUUACAUGGUGGAUAAGCGCAUGUGCCAGAACUUUGAAUCGAUAAUGGGACCUACCCAAAGCUGCUUACGUCCCUUUGAGGGUUGUAUUGAAAGUAAUGCAACCAUAAGUUUUCUAUUAGGUUAGAAAAUGUUUCUCUGGAAAGACUUCAGUGAAUUUGAACAUAAAGGAAAGAGUUCCCACUAAAUUAUUGAAACCUGAGAGUUGCACAAACCCAUCUGCAUCGGGCAUAAGAAAGAACGCAUCUCAGAGAAAGGCUUUCUUCCACUUCUAAUUCCGACAAUCCAAUCUAAUUCAACCCCUUCGGUAUAAAUACGCGAUUUUAGUGGUAUCGUCCAUCAGUUUUCGUUUUAUUUCUCGAUCAUACACACUAGUUAUUACCACUCUUAAAAGAUGAAGGUAAGUUUAAUACAGUGAAGUGUAAAAGUGAUUGGUGAAAGUAUUACAAACUUGUGUGAAUCACGGUGUAUCAUUGCAAAAAUGGUUUUUACUUUCGUUCAAUAAAUAAUGCAAUAAUAAUGAUAGUAAUAGUAAAGUUCUAGUUCAAGGAAACUGUACAUUCUCUCUCGUAAAAGAAAUUUAGAUAUGAAUGAAUACUAUUAAUUACAUUAUAUGGAAGAUUUUUGGUGAACAAAUAAUUAUCUUAAGGAUUUUCAGACAAUUUUGGCUGCAGCCCUUUUGGGCCUGAUCGCUGGUGUACAGUCCUUUCCAGGGAUAGCCGACUGUAAGUAUUUCUAGGACAAAAUACAAUCUAAGAUUCGAUCUUGUUUGUGUUAAAAAAAAAUAAAAAAAUAACUACCUACUCAAGCUGUAAACAUAAAACUUGGACAGAAUCAUCUACUUGUGACGUAAAUGUUUAGUUCUUUUUGAAAUUCAACCCCUAAGAGGAUAAUGCGGAUAAACUUCCAACAAUGAGUUAUUUUCUCGACGCGUUUCGAAUUAAUUUUUUGACACUAAAACGCUAAUGCGAAGGAAGGUUAUCUCAUAUAAUUUAUUGGUAGAAAACAUCUUAAGUUAUAUAAACUUUUGGAAGAAGCGUCAGUAGUUCGGUGUCAGAAUGUCCUCUUGCCACGCGGUAGAUCCAUGAUCGAUUUUCGUUCAAUGCAACAACAUUUUCCGUCACUUAUUGUUAGGCAAAACUGGUUGGAUUUCUGUGACACGCAUAAGUACUUAAAUAAUAUUUUCAAGUUCAUUUCAUUGUCACCUUUAGCUCAUAUUGGAUCAGGAGGUCUUGCCCUUAUAGCGAGUAGCGGUGGUGGCUUCGGUGGUUCCCAUGACAGUUACGGUGCCUCCUUGUCUUCCGGUGGUGGAGACGGUCAUUCAUUCGGAGGUGGAUACGGAGGUGGUCAGACAAUCUCUUUUGGUUCUUUAGAAGGUCUUGGAGGACAUUCUUCAGGUGGUCUUGGUGGUUAUUCCGGCGGUGGUGGAGGUCAUGGAGGUAGCGGAGGAGACGGCGGCUUCUCUGGAGGUGACCAUCACGAAGGAGUGAGCAUUGUGGGAUUAGGCGAAGGAAAAGGAAGUUCUUUUGAUCUCACCGGUGGCAAUUCCCAUCAUGGUAAACUUUUCGGAGGUACUAUUAUUUCUUCUGGUAAACACGAAGGUGCAGCUCAUGCCCAACAAGCUAUAGGGUCCGGUGAUUUGGGAGACGAACACCAAUUACUUUCUGGAGCCGGACAUGGUCUUUCAGGGGGUGGUCACGAAAUUUCCAGCGUUUUAGCUUCAUCUGAUUGGUCUUCAGGAGGUCUCGGCGGUGGUCAUGGUGGUCUUUCUCUGGGCGGUGGUCACGGAGGUGGCGGAGAAUACAUCAUACACUCCGAUUUCCACUAGU